UCGCGAAACUUUCUCAUAUUUUCCCUUCUCGGUCGUGACUCGGCCUCUCCGGGGCCUCGCCAUGCUCCAACUCUUCGCCCUUUCGCCCACUCUCCCCUCUUUCAAAUCCUUCGCCGAUUCCCUCUCCCGUCUCAACUUCCUCUUCCUUCGGCCUCUCUUCUUGCCUUCUCCCUCCUUCUCCAACAGCGAAUCCUCCACUUCUGAAGCCGAAACCUCCCCUCUCCUUCCAGAUUCUCCCCCGUCGCGAAACUUUCUCCUGUUUUCCCUUCUCGGACAUGACUCGGCCUCUCCGGGGCCUCGCCGUGCUCCAACUCCUCUCCCUUUCUCCCGCUCUCCCCUCUUUCAAAUCCUUCGCCAAUUCCCUCUCCCGUCUCAACUUCCUCUUCCUCCGGUCUCUCUUCUUGCCUUCUCCCUCCUUCUCCGACAGCGAAUCCUCCACUUCUAAAGCCGAAACCUCCCCUCUCCUUCCAGAUUCUCCCCCGUCCGACAGCACCAACCCAACCAGCUAUAGGUUCCGCGCCGCCGAUCCUGCGGGACGAAGGUACUCCUCGAGAAAAUGGUUCAGCAAGACAGAGGUGAUGCAAAGGUUGACAUCCGUGCUUUCGAAUGGAGGCUGGGAUUUGAGUUUCUUGAAUUCGCCCCAUGUCGAAUUGGAUGGGCUGAAUGUUAUCAGGAUGUUGAACGAUCUGUUCGACGGGAGCUCGGAUGCUGCUCUUGCUUUCUUUUUCUUCACGUGGUCUUGGAGUUACAAUGGGUCGAAUCAUGGGCUCCGGAUGGUUUGUGCAAUGAUCCAUAUUUCGGUUUUGGGGAGUAUGAAUCACAUGGCAGUGAGCUUCCUUCGCAGUAUUGUUAGAAUUGGCGAUGGUGGAAAAGAAUGGCAUGAGUCGGUGUUUGACAUCUUAAGGGAGACUAGCAGGGACAGAAAAGUCUUGGAAAUUGUUUAUAGUAUGCUUGUUAAUUGUUAUAUUGACGAGGGCACAUUGGAGAAGGCGAUUGGGUUGGUAAAUUAUAUGAAGAAGUUUAAUUUAUUCCCAACUAUAGAGGUGUACCAUGCUCUUAUCCGGAAUCUUUUAGAAUCUAAUCAAUUGAACUCUGCAUGGGAGGUUUUUACAGAAAUGCCAAGCAGUGGGGAUGGGUCAAAUGAGUUGAUCAUAAGCUUAUUCAUCCAUGAACUCUGUGUCCGUGGUAGUUUCGAGUGUGCAUGUAAAUUGCUUUCUGAAAUGCAGAAUUAUGGUGGAAAAGCUGAUAUUGUUGUGUAUACUAUGGUAAUCGAUGCUUUUUGCAAAUGGGGUCUUCUAAAAGAGGCAACUGCUAUGCUUUAUAAGUUGAUUGAGAUGGGUUUUUCUCUUGACUAUGUUCUUAUUGCUUCCAUUGUUGAUGGUUAUUGUAAAGCUGGAAGGCUGGUUGAGGCAAUAGGUCUUUUGAACUCUUUAUCUUGUGUUCCUGAUGCUUAUAUAUAUAAUAGCUUUAUUUUAAAACUAUGUAAAGAUGGAAACGUGGAAGAAGCCAGUAAGCUUUUCAAUGAGAUGUUUGAAAUAGGUAUAAAUCCAGAUGCUUUUAACUACACUACCAUUAUAAAUGGCUAUUGUAAAAUAUACCUUAUAGAUCAAGCUCUGAAUACUUUCGGCCUGAUGUUGAAACGAGGGGUUAAGCCAACUAUUUUAACUUAUACAAUGUUGAUUGAUGGCUGUUGCAAGGUCAAUGAUCUUCAAGGGGCUGAACACAUAUUUGAUGUGAUGAAAAGAGAGGGUAUCCAACCUGAUGUUGUAGCAUAUAACACAUUAAUCAAUGGGUAUAGUAAGAAAGGUCAUAUGCAUAAGGCAUAUGAGCAGAUAGAUAUGAUGAGGAUGAAUGGUGUAAUCCCAGAUGUUGCUACGUAUAAUAUUCUUAUGCAUGGUCUUAUCAAGAGGGGCUUUAUAAUGGAAUCAAGAGAAAUGUUUAAUGAGCUUGUUCGGAGGGGUUUAUUUCCUGAUAAAAUUGCAUUUACCAAUGUUAUCGAUGGUCAUUCUAAGGAAGGAAACCUAGAAGAAGCAUAUCUUAUAUGGUGUAGCAUGAAUAACAGUGGAAUAAAACCUGAUGUUGUGACUUGCAGCGCUCUUCUCUCUGGAUUUUGCAAAAUGCACCGUAUGCAAGAUGCCGGUGUUCUAUUUCAUAAGAUGCUGGAUGCUGGGUUGGAGCCUGACUUGAUAUUGUAUAACACUCUUUUACAUGGAUAUUGUAGGGAAGGUGAUAUAAAUGAAGCUUGCCGAUUACUUGUCAUGAUGAAGGAAAGCAGUAUUGUUCCAAAUGAUAUCACAUUUCAAGGUCUAAUUCAUGGUCUUGAGAAAAAUGGUGCAGAAAAUCCUGUAGAAAGUGCUGCUUUAAAAGUACGAGAGAUUUUCUUGUUAAAAUGUGCAGGCUGAUGUUCUUGGAUUGAUUAAUGGAGUGUUACAAAAAUGUUUCCAUCUUUAGCCUUCGAAACCUGGUAGACAAAUUCUCUGUCAAGACUGCCGAGUUGCAGAAUUCUAUGAGAAUAUGAUUCUCAAGGGACAGCUUGGAAAGGAUAAUUCCCAUGCCUUCUGAGAUCAUCUACAAUGCAGACCAAGCAAUUUUUAGUGGAACAUGUGCUACCUCCAUGGCAGACCAUGUUCAAGAGCAGGGGAUGGUGUAAAUGUGGAUACCAAUGGCAAUAGUGUUAACCUUAAUGACCUAGGCUGGAGGACGACACGUAAUCAUACAGCCAGCAUCUAUAAGAGAGAUGAAGCUUCCGUCACCCUUAUGAUCAGAGCAUUGAAACUGUAUCAAGAGAUGGAAAUCAGUUAAAUGUUGUACUCAACAAUCCUGAAACCACUGCUUUGCAUGGAUCUAAUCCAAGGGCAGUAUGGCUAUCUCCUGAGUCAGAUUCAGAAAGCAGAAGAUGAAAGCCUAUUACAGGAAAAAGGAAAUAUAGCUCAACUCGUUAUCAUCUUGGUGAGUCUUCCAGUUCUACUUUCGAUGAUUCAGAACUCAGAAGUAUCAUAUCUUGGAUCAUCUUUUCAUCCCUCAGAUGCAAGAUCAACGAGAGCUCGCAAUUUUCAGCACCAUAGUGUUCAAUUAGGACCAGUUAUAGAUGUUGAUGAGUUGCGUUCCCCAGAAGCAACAUGCAGUGAUUCUCAAGAGCGGAGAGUUUCUGAUGACUCCAGUUUUAGGGCUAGACAGGUUGAAUCAGAUGAGUUAUUAGCUCGCCAGCUCCAGGAGCAGUUUUAUAAUGAGUUGCUAGGUUUUGAAAAUACAGAGGAGAUCGAUGCAAAUAUUGCAUUGUCACUGCAACAGGAGGAGAAUGCUCCACGUGCUUCAACAGCUAGGCAGAAUCAUUAUAAUCCUUUUUAGGGCUAGACAGGUUGAAUCAGAUGAGUUAUUAGCUCACCAGCUCCAGGAGCAGUUUUAUAAUGAGUUGCUAGGUUUUGAAAAUACAGAGGAGAUCGAUGCAAAUAUUGCAUUGUCACUGCAACAGGAGGAGAAUGCUCCAUGUGCUUCAACAGCUAGGGAGAAUCAUUAUAAUCCUCGAAACACACAGACUGCACGUAUUCGUGAAUGACUACCAUCUCGGAAUUCUUCUUCUCGAUCAACAAAUCAUGCUCGAGAUACAACAUCAACUAGAAUGACGCAAUUGAUGAGGAACAUUUGCUGGCACAUGAUGGAUAUGGAUAUGAAAUGACUAUGAGAUGCUAUUGGCUUUGGACAUCAACAAUCAUCAACAUUCUGGUGCUUCAGAGAACCAGAUCAACAACUUGCCACAAACAGUAAUUCAGACUGAUAACGUUGAAGAACCAUGUGCUGUCUGCCUUGAGAAGCCCUCCAUUGGGGAUACCAUCCGUCAUUUACCAUGCUUACAUAAAUUCCACAAAGAAUGCAUUGACCCAUGGCUAAGAAAAAAGACAUCAUGCCCGGUAUGCAAGUCUGGUAUUACCUAAUUUUAUAUGGUUGGUUGGAUGCUUCAGGCAACCGACUGCUCCUGGUCGGUCAGCUCUUCUUAUGUUUGUUUAUCAGAGUAGGUCAUCAGGUAAUCCUCCAUUCUCUUAUGGAGUAUUAACCACCUGAUGUUAUCAGACCAGUGUUGGGCCCUGCCAAAUAGCCUUUUAUGCUGAUACAUGCUUGAGCUGGUGAAAGUCAUCCUCGUGUAUUUUGACAUGCUUGCUGAGGGAUCUCAAAGCACCCAACAAUAGAGACUCCAUCUUAAGCAAGCAUUCUCUUUUGAUUUAUUGAAUUGCAGUUGACUGUUUUUUUUGGUAACAAAAUUGCAGUCGACUUUAAUACCUCUCCGUGAAUAUUUUCUGAUCUCACCAGUGACACUGUUUAUUUGAUUUCAAAUACGUGAGGACUGGUGAGGAAAUUUCCAAAUGAAACAAAUGGUGUGAUCAUGUCACCAUUUGGUUAAUUCUGGUUAUUUUUUUUUUGUUUCAUGUGCAUCUUUAUGGCUGUUGCGACCUUCUCGCUCUGGUUUAUCCAUUGAUGGAAGAAGUCUCCAUAAUGGCUCCAGCCAAAAAAUGUCGGGGAUCAAUGAGUACCAAUAAUACUUUAAACAAUUCAU